CAAGGACGCUCGUGCCUUCGACUUCCAGCCAGGAGAGGCGUGCCCAGGACCCUGACCCUGGAAUCCAGCUCUGCACCGCCCUACCAGAGCCGGACUCGCCGCCGCGAGUGGCCGGAGAUGAGCAGCAAUGAUUCUUCUCUUAUGGCUGGGAUCAUUUACUAUAGCCAGGAAAAGUACUUCCACCAUGUGCAGCAGGCUGCAGUUGCGGGCCUGGAGAAAUUCAGCAAUGACCCCGUGUUGCAUUUCUUUAAAGCCUAUGGAGUCCUCAGAGAAGAGCGCAUCCAGGAUGCCAUCAGUGACCUGGAGAGCAUCCGGAAUCACCCAGACACAUCCCUUUGCUCCAUCAUGGCCCUCCUUUAUGCUCACAAAAGCUGUGAAACCAUUGAUCGAGAAGCAAUUCAGGAGCUGGAGAGCAGCCUGAAGGAAAUACGCAGGACAGCCCCUGAGACAGCCCUGUACUAUGCUAGCCUCUUCCUCUGGCUCAUGGGCUACCACGACAAGGCCAAGGAGUAUAUCGACCACUUUCUGAAGGUCUCCCACAGCUCCAGAGAGGGCUACGUGCUCAAAGGCUGGGUAGAACUCACCUCGGAUAAACCUCACAUUGUGAAGAAAUCCAUCAAGUACCUGGAGCAAGGAAUUCGGGACACCAAAGAUGUGCUGGGGCUGAUGGGAAAGGCAACAUACUUAAUGAUGCAGCAGAACUACUCAGGGGCCCUGGAAGUGGUGAACCAGAUCACUCUGGCCUCUGGGAACUUUCUGCCCGCCCUCAUCCUGAAGAUGCGCCUGUUCUUGGCUCGGCAGGACUGGGAACAGGCAAUAGAAACAGGGCACAGAAUCCUUGAAAAAGAUGAAAGCAAUAUUGAUGCCUGUCAGUUACUAGCUGUGCAUGAACUUGCAAGAGAAGGAAACAUGACCAUAGCUGCUGAUCACGUCAGAAAUCUGAUUAAAGUGUUAGAAAUGAGAGAGCCCCAAAAUCCAAGUCUCCACCUUAAAAAAAUUAUUGUGAUUAACAGACUGUGUGGGAACCACCGGGUGAUUCUGCAGCUAGUGAGUAGCUUCAUUGAACGCAUCUUCUUGGCCUCCCCCUCCUGUGCCCCUGUGGCCACAGAGCUGGGCUACCUCUUCAUCCUGCAGAACCAAGUGAAGGAGGCAUUUCUGUGGUACUCGGAGGCCAUGAAACUGGAUGAGAACAGCAUGGCUGCCUUGACAGGAAUCAUCUGGUGCCAGAUCUUAAAAGGCCACCUGGAAGAGGCUGAGCACCAGCUGGAAUUCCUGAAGGAGGUGCAGCAGUCCCUCGGGAAGUCUGAGUUGCUGGUUUUCCUCCAAGCCCUUUUGGCAUCCAAGAAGCAUAAGGGGGAGCAGGAGGCCACGGCGCUUCUGAAGGAGGCAGUGGAGCUGCACUUCUCCAGCAUGCAGGGCCUGCCCCUGGGCCCCGAGUACCUCGAACAGCUAGACCCCCUCUUCCUGGUCUGCAUCGCCAAGGAAUACUUGCAUUUCUGCCCCAAGCAGCCCAGGGCACCAGGCCAGAUCCUGUCUCCACUUCUUAAACAAGUCACUGUGAUCUUGAGUCCUGUCGUGAAAGCAGUCCCAGCCAUGAUGGAACCCCUCUUUGUGAUGGCUCAGGUCAAGUAUCUUUCAGGGGAGCUGGAGAAUGCCCAGAGCGUCCUGCAGCGUUGCCUGGAGCUGGACCCCACGUCUGCGGAUACCCACCUCCUCAUGUCCCAGAUCCACCUGGCUCAGGGCAACUUUGCCAUGUGCUCCCACAGCUUAGAGCUGGGUGUCAGCCACAACUUUCAGGUCCGAGACCACCCCCUCUACCACUUCAUCAAGGCCAGGGCUCUCAACAAAUCUGGAGACCAUCCAGAGGCCAUCAAGACGCUGAAAAUGAUCAUGAAACUUCCAACUGUGAAGGUGGAGGAAGGCAAGAAGUUUCGUGGGUCCCCCUUGCCGCCCAGAGAGCGAGUGUCCAUCCUGCUGGAACUGGCAGAUGCCCUCCGGCUGAAUGGGGAGCUGCAUGAGGCCACCAAGGUCAUGCAAGAUGCCAUUAAUGAAUUCAGUGGUACACCAGAGGAGAUCCGCAUCACUAUUGCCAACGUGGACUUGGCCCUAAGCAAGGGCAACGUGGACAUGGCAUUGAGUAUGCUGAGGAACGUCACGCCCAAGCAGCCCUGCUACAUGGAAGCCAAGGAGAAGAUGGCCAGCAUCUACCUGCAUACCCGCAAAGACAUCCGCCUCUACAUUGGAUGCUACCGGGAGCUCUGUGAACAUCUGCCCGGCCCCCAUACCAGCCUGCUUCUUGGUGAUGCUUUCAUGAACAUUCAGGAACCUGAAAAGGCCCUAGAGGUCUAUGACGAGGCCUAUAGGAAGAACCCCCACGACGCCUCCUUGGUCAGCAGGAUUGGGCAAGCUUAUGUGAAGACCCACCAGUAUGCCAAGGCAAUUAAUUAUUAUGAGGCUGCCCAGAAGAUUAGUGGGCAGGACUUUCUGUGCUGUGAUCUGGCUGAACUGCUCAUGAAGCUAAAGAAGUUCAACAAAGCAGAAAAAGUUUUGAAACAGGCCCUGGGACGUGACUUUGCCAAAGACUUCCCAUCCAUGAUGAAUGAUGUUAAGUGCUUGCUUCUGCUGGCAAAAGUUUACAAGAACUAUAAAAAAGAAGAUGUGGUAGAUACUUUGAACAAGGCCUUGGACCUCCAGUCUCGGAUACUGAAGCGGAUUCCACUGGAGCAACCAGAAAUGAUCCCCUCCCAGAAGCAAAUGGCAGCCUUCAUCUGUAUCCAGUUUGGGGAGCACUACUUGGCAGAGAAGGAAUAUGCCAAGGCAGUGCGUUCUUAUAAGGAUGCCCUCUCCUACUCACCCAUUGACAAUAAAGUACUGUUGGAGCUGGCACACCUCUACCUGCUCCAGGGACACCUGGACCUGUGUGAGCAGCAAUGCACUACCCUCCUGCAGACAGAGAAGACCCAGGAGAGCGCCUCUGUGAUGAUGGCUGACCUGAUGUUUAGAAAACAGAAAUAUGAAGAGGCCAUCAAUCUAUACCAACAAGUCCUGGAGAAAGCGCCAGACAAUUUUUCGGUAUUGAAUAAAUUAAUUGAUCUGCUACGAAGAAGUGGCAAACUUGAAGAGGCACCUGCCUUCUUUGAAUCAUCCAAGAGGAUAUCCAGUCGGGUACCUUUGGAACCAGGAUUCAACUACUGCAAAGGCAUCUACUCUUGGCACGUAGGGCAGCCCAACGAAGCCUUGAAGUUCCUAAACAAAGCUCGGAAGGACAGCACUUGGGGCCCGUAUGCCACUUACUAUAUGGUGCAGAUCUGUCUAAACCCAGACAACGAGCUUGUGGGUGGAGAGGCUUUUGAGAACCCGAUGACUGAAAGCAACUCCACCAACAGGAAGGAAUUGGAGCAGCAUGGGGUGCGCACGGCAGAGAAGCUGCUGCGCGAGUUCUACCCUCACUCUGCCUUUGACCAGACCCAGCUGAGGCUCCUACAGAGCCUUUGCCUGAUGGCCACCAGGGAGAAGGCGAACGUGGAGGUGGCACUUGGUGCCUUCAUCGAGAUGGCACAGGCGGAGAAGGACAACACCCCUGCCCUGCUGGCCAUGUCGCAAGCCUACAUGCUACUGAAGCAAAUUCCCAAGGCACGUACCCAGCUGAAGCGCCUAGCCAAGGUCGCUUGGUCGCUGGCCGAGGCCGAGGACCUGGAGAAGAGCUGGCUCCUGCUGGCGGACAUCUACUGCCAAGGCGGCAAAUACGACCUGGCCUCGGAGCUACUGCGGCGCUGCAUUCAGUACAACAAGUCCUGCUGCAAGGCCUAUGAGUAUAUGGGCUUCAUCAUGGAGAAGGAACAGUCCUACAAGGACGCAGCCACCAACUACGAGCUGGCCUGGAAGUAUAGUCAUCAUGCCAACCCCACCAUUGGUUUCAAACUUGCUUUCAACUACUUGAAGGACAAGAAAUUUGUGGAAGCCAUUGAAGUCUGCCACAGUGUACUCAUGGAACACCCCAACUACCCCAAGAUCAGAGAGGAGAUUUUGGGAAAAGCCCAAGGGUCGCUGAGGAUCUAGCUGUGGUCUGAGGGACUCUGGGCCAAUGGAAACCGUAAACCUUGAGCAGUUUCCUGGAGGGGGUGGGAAGUGGGUUAUUGGAGAAGAAAUUCAGAAAAUAACAUAUUCUUUCCUAUUUCUAUUA